CGGUGGUGGUGGAAGGGACAGAUUGGAGCGACCCUGGAGAUGUUUAGAGACGGAACGGUGGGAUGGAUGUUUUCGGGGACGGAGAGGGGGUGGAGGAUUUCUGGGGCGAGUACGGCUGGCCGACGGAGCGUGGGGAUUGUGAUCCUGGCCGCCACACACGGGACGUGGACCUUUCAUCGGGGCACGUGCUGUGGACGGCGGGACAGUCAGCAAGUGGGAGUGGGCUGCCAGGAUGGAGCGCUGCACCGGGGGAGGGGGAGAGGCUGGCAUCCUCCGUUGAUCGUGCUUCCACCGUUGCAGCAUGUGGUACCACAGGGGGGUGUGCCACGAUGCAUAGGUCGAAAAGGGGCCCUGGAGUGCGUGCUCGACGUCUGGUACUGGACGGGCCACCUUCAGUUGUUCCAAGGGUGCAUGGCGCUGGCGGAGCAUCCAAAGGAGUGCGUGACACGGCAACAGGUGUGGAUGGUGGUCGUGAUUCACCAUGCCCUUUCAGUGAUUUUGUCGAUUUGGGAGCGCCUCCUACUGAGACUCCUUCUCGGGGCGACACAUCCCCAGCCAUGGGCGAUAUCUUGGGCCAGAUCGCCGAGGUCAUGUCGUGCAGCUUCACACCUGGUAUGAGCAGGGAGCUCGACGACUCCCCUUCUCAUGGCAUGGAAGGAGUAGGGGACGGAGUGAUGGCCGAUGACGACACGACACCCCCGGGAGAGACGGCUUCGCGGAGGCAGGACAGGUUGGACAGUAGGCGAGUGCAACUUGUUGCGCGCGCCUGCCAAAUCACACAAGAACUCUCAUGCAGGGCGCAGAAGGAGAGCAAUCUUGAGAUUGGCGCUCGCACGCGUGAUGAGUUGGUUGGUGCAUUGGUCAUGGAGCCAAAGUCGAGGGGCGAUCGGUCAAUCGCUGUAGAGAUGGAGAGGGAGGUGGUGUUGCCCACGGCGGGUGACAUUGGCACCACAAAUCCGCAAACUUGUCCCGGACUAGAGGACAUAUUGAUGAGCCGGUCGCCAGACGUUGAUGGCCCAUUGGGCUGCCCGACGAGCGGAGGGACGGAGGAAGCAGUCGCGACAAAGACCUGCGGAUCUGAGGUUGGGCCGCCAUAUGACAUCGCUACCGGUGCAGGGCAGGCACAUGAGGACGUUCGUUUACGAGUUGCCCAGGUAGCCGCAUCCACCCAUGCAGUUGUGGGUGGAGCGGAGGGGUUGACCACUGUUGAGGUUGGUGGUUACGUAGACACCGACACAGGUUGUGCAGCAGCGUCGGCAGCAGCUGCUGACGAGGGCGUGAUGAUGGCACCAGCAGUACAUGGAUCCGCGCCUGGCUUGCCACGACAGCGACGAUCACCAUCGCACGUCGACGUCGCUGCAUCGGUGUUCGAGCGACGUGUCACUUCCGCUGACGUUGAUGGCCCCGUGGCCCCCGAUGCUGCUCGUGACGUCCACUCAGAUGAGCCACCGACACCGAGAUACGGUUUGAGACAGGCGUCACAUAUAUUGGGGGAGCGUGUGCAGAGAGUUGGUGCCCGUGGCGGUCUGGUUGGAGCAGCGGGGGGACGGAGCGAGGGGGACACGUCUAGGGUUGAGGGCCUGCCCAUGAGGCCUGGCACCCGUCGCAAAUCGGACCUUGCUACAGCUUCGCAAGUGGACGCGAGGAAAGGAGGACAGGUGAUUUUGCACGACGACAGCACCGACUGCGCAGCCACACGCCUUGGCACACGGCAGCGGCGAGCACGGGCUGUGCAGGCACGACGACCAAGCACCCCGCCAAAGGCCAUGGAUGCAGAGGCAAGCGAGGACGAGGCCGAUGACGAUAGCGGUACGGAGAGUGACAAUGCCGACACAGAGGGCGAGGAGAGCAUAGAGGAGAGCACUGAUAAGGAGACCGACGUCGACGUCGAUGACGAGAGCGACGACGAGGGCAGCGACGACACCGACGACGACGGCGGAGACCAGCGCGAUGCCGACAGUGAGGACGGCCCCAUUAGAGGAGAGUGAUUGCAGGUUUUGUAUUUCUUGGAGGUUGGACGCCCUGGUUGCCGAUGGAGGUUUUUUUUUAUGUUUUUUUUUUGUUUUUCCAUACUGCAUACCAUGUU